AUGCCCGACAGACCACUCACCGUCCUCACCUACGCUGCGAGCGCCUCACUCGCCGCAGUCGCUCUUGUCUAUUUCUUCAACCCCAACUACCUCAUCGAUAGUGACUCAUCCACGAGCUCAGCGAGCACCCGCAAGAAGGGUAUCGUAGGCUUGUUCAAUCCAGCCAACGACUGCUUCAUCAAUUCCAUCCUUCAGUCCCUAGCUGGUCUUGGCGAUCUACGACUUUACUUGAUACGAGAAAUACAUCGAAGGGAACUGGGAGGUCCCGAAGUUUACGCUGCAGUACCUCUCGUGGAUAGCAAUGGCAAAGAGGUGGACGGUAGGAAGCUCGCUAGCUUGCAGAGUGGCGAGGUCACACUGGGAUUGAAGAACAUGAUCGAUCGUUUGAACGAGCGGCCAAUCUACAAGAAGACAAUUUCCGCCGCGAACUUCAUAAGAGUUCUAGAACACGCGUUUGGGACAAGAAUAAGCAAAUCCCAGCAGGAUGCGCAGGAGCUGCUGCAGAUUGUGGCCGAGAGGCUGUCAGAGGAAUAUCAUGCUGGUCAAGAAGCCAGGAAAAGAGCCCGCACAGCACAGAACGGCGUUGUAUCGAAUGCGGAGUUGACACAGCCAGAAGCUUCUCCACCAAAGGAAGCCAACACUACGGAUGGGGGUGCAGACACUGAGAUUAAUGACGCUGCCACAAAUGCGCCAACGACCCAGGAGCCUGUGAAUGAAGACGAAAUAGACCCUCUGGCAGAAGAAGAGGACGGUUUCCCACUUGAAGGUCAGACGGAAGCGCGUACAGAGUGCCAAUUUUGCCAUUUUGUACCUAAAGCGAGCCCGACAGGCUUCGUCAUGCUCAAUCUUAUGGUACCACAGAAGAGCUCGACGACGCUCAACGAGUGUUUUGAUGCUCACUUCAAAACGGAAUUCAUUGACGACUACAAGUGUGAUAAAUGCCGCCUCGAACAUGCUGUGGAAGCCUACUCCAAGGAAUACGAGCGUGCGAGGUCUGAUGAGCGGAAAGCGAUGAUACAGACUUCAAUAGAGAAGUUACGGAGAGCGUUGCAGGACGAUCCCGAGAAGGCGCCAGAAGGGGUCGAACUACCAGACACAAAGCUAGCGCCCAAACGUAGGAUAGCCCGUCACAUCGAAUUCACUACUUUCCCCAAAGUGCUCGUCGUACAUUUGUCGAGAUCCGUCUUCGAUCCACGCAGCAGCUCAACCAAAAAUUUAGCAAAAGUGACAUUUCCAGAAAAAUUGCCCGUAGGCGGAUUGCUGAAUCGAAGAAUUUACAAGCUGCUAGGCAUGGUCACCCACAAGGGAACUCACAAUAGCGGCCACUACGAGACGUUUCGAAGACAGCAUCUAUAUGCUCCUUACUCGACGCCACAUGUGGUCAAUGCAUCUGGUCCAUAUAGUGCAACCCCCAGUCAAUCUAGGUCGACAUUACCAAGUCCGCAAGUAUCUGCAGAAUCGCCAAAUCUGUCCCAGGAGACGAAUGCUUCAAGUUCGAAUCCAGAUACCACCGGGCGGAUCUCUUCUUCAUCUGCCUCACCCUCCUCGAACUCGCAAUCACCACCUUCCACACGUCCAUCAUCAGGAUCAAUGAAUGGGACGCACGCCCACAAAGAAUCCGACGUGUCAACAGCCAAAAAACAGGCUCCAACAGGAAUCGACGGUGUGAAAGACCGUCUUCUGAACCAAGAACAGAAGUCCAGACCUACCACAGCAAACACUUCCAAAUCUUCGACGAUGGACGUCAGCCGGUUCAAGCGCAAGAAACGACCUGUCGAUCGCUGGUGGCGCAUCAGCGACGACAAAGUCAAGGAGUGCAAAACUAGCGAAGUACUGUCGAUGCAGAAGGAAGUUUACAUGCUUUUCUAUGAGGUGGAGAAGGAAGACAGCGAAAGGCGCUGA